GCAGGUGUGUCGCCCCAGUCACUUAUCUGAUGGUGAACACUGCCCCUUUUCUUUCUCACGGAGCCCUCCAACCAGUCCUCUGAAGCCCUCAGCCUUUGAUAACAGCCUCGUGCAACACACACACAGUGCAUCUCUUUCUGGGGCUGGCCACCUCCUGUGCUUUCCUCCUGCCUCCAUCUCGCCCUCCCUGGGCAGAGCCGGGUCCACCCUCCUGCCCAGCUUUGUCCUUGAGACCCAGGCCAUCACCGGGCCCUGUUUUCUGCCAUUGCCGCAGUGUCACUGUGGGAUUUGCCAUCUCAAGACUUGGGCUCAACUCCCAGUUUAGUCACCCACUGGCCGUGUGACCUUGGCAAGCUGUAACUUCUCCCGUGUCUGAGCAGCCCACGCCCUGCUGCCUGUGUGAGCUGUUGGUAAGAGAGGUCUCUCCUGCCACAGUGUCUGGGGCCUCUCUAAGGCACAUCAGCAGGGAACUGGAUCAGAAGUGGAGCAGCCGGGACUCGAACCAGCACUCAGAUGGGAUGCCAGUGUCUCAGGCCACGUCUGAACCCACUGCACCGACCACUGGCCCCCACGCUGUUUUUGAAAGGAGCGGAGCUAUGUGCUCUGUGGGCUCAGGCUGGGUGGUGAUGACUGUAGGGCAUCCGGGUAAGGAAGGUCCCCUGGGCACCAACUGGAGGCUCCUGGCGUGCAGGAGAGAGGUGCGGCGGGCCACCCAGUGUGAAUCACGUUCUGCUUCUGGGGAGAGCUGCUCCCCUUCCCACCUUGGCCCCGUGGAGUACAGCAGUGGGGUCCCUACUAAGCCAGGCUUGAGGCUCCCCAGCUCACUCCCACGUGGAUACAGGCUGAGCCCUGAGUUCUGUCCCCCUUCCCUCUACCUGCCCCUGGCCGCUGGAGUCCCUGCGCCAACUUCGCCAAGGCUGGCCGGGGUAGGCCAGCACGGCCCACUCAGGGCUCUUGGGGCCACAGGGUGGGGCCCCAGCCACUGCCUCGCCUCCUUUCAGGUCCAUGGCGUGGCGACCCAGCCUGCUUCCUGCUCUUGUGUCAGCCAGCUCCGUUCUGGGCAGGUGUUGGAGAGGGCAGAGGCUGCCUUUCCUUUACCUGUGACGGAAGCACAAGGAGGUUUACUUGCCCGACCCCAAGAGACACGGCUGGGGGCGGGGCCGGGGGCGG